AUGCAUCAUACUGCUUCUGGAGACGAAGGAUAUGCAUCAAUCAAUGAGUUUCGAGAGAAAGUUCCAUUGACGACCUACGAAGACUAUCGUGCUUAUAUCGAUCGAAUGGUUUUCGAUGGUGAAAGGAAUUUGCUCUCGUCCGAAAAUAUUGUCUACUUUUCUACAAGUUCUGGAACAACUGGGAAGAUGAAGCUCCUUCCUCUGGUUGCAGAAACAAUGAAAAAAAUUGGCGAGUCGACACGUAUUGGAACUGCUAUAACUCGAAGAUCUUUUCCUCCUUCAUCAUUGCCUGUUCCUGAACAGCGAACAUUCAACUUGCUAAGUGGCAAGAAAACCGAAAUGUUUCAACGAUCAAAAGAUGGAAUACCAAUUGGUCCACUUAGCCAAUCUUUUUCUGCAUUUUCAUCCAUUCCACGGAAUCGCUCGUUAUUCUCUACUAAUAAUACCGUGACAUUGGAUAUGAUUGAAGAAAUCCCAGAUUUUGAGACAAGUGUAUUCGUUCAACUCGUUUUUGCACUGGCGACUUCGAAUAUUUACUCAUAUUCAACUGCGUUGCCUCCAGUAUUCAUUCACACUGUCAAAAUGAUCGAAAAUUAUUUUGAAGAGAUGAGUCUUUGCAUCUCAUAUGCUAAUUUCGCUCAUAGUUCACUUGUUCAGAACAAUAUUUCUGAUUCAGAAUUCAUAGCAAGCUUAAAUCGAACAUUGAACGAAGCGACUGUCAAGUAUGGUGGUGAGGUCUAUCGAUUAGAACGAGCUAAACAUAUCAGAAACGAAUGUCUUAAAAAGGAUGCUGCCGGUAUUCUUCAUCGACUUUGGCCAAAUUUGAUCUAUGCCUCGGCCGCAAUAGGCAGUACAUUUUCUAUGUACAAAAAAGAAGUUCAGUUUUAUUGUGGAGAACGAUUACCUUUAAUUAACAUGGGAGUAUACAUAAGCAGUGAAGGACCCCUUGGAGUUCUCGCAAGCAUUCACACCGACGAGUACUUUCUAUUACCAACAUGUGUAUUCUUCGAAUUCAUCAAAGAAGAAGAUGUUGAACAAGUAAGAUGCCCUUCUUAA